AUGGUCAACCCAACUACUCACUACACAAUCCAGGACACAUACUGUGUUGACGCUAUUAAAGAAUACUGGGAAGAGAAGAGGUUAGAGGUCAUCAGCCGACUUCAAGGGAAAGACGUUGUGCUCUUGGGUGAUGGCAGGAAUGACUCCCCAGGGCAUUGUGCACAAUACUGCAGCUACACGACCAUGGAGCUUGAUAGCAAGGAAAUUGUCUAUGUGACCAAGAUAAAGGUUGUGGAGUUCUCCACCGAUGCCCAUGUCCAGAUUGGAGCCCUUUUGAACCCAGACAAAGGCAAGUAUAAGGAGCUGGGGAUUCACCACAGCCUGGACAUAUGGCAUGGUGCAAAAAACCUGUCCAAGAAAAUUGCUGCUGCAGGAAAGCUGAAAGGCCAGUCCAUUCUUCUUCAUUGGUUGAAGGAUGUAGUCAACCAUUUCUGGUGGUGCUGCAAGACAGCAGAUACAUUUCAGCAGUUUCUUGCACUUUGGAUUGGGGUUCUGCACCAUGUGUGCAACCAGCAUACCUGGGCGACUGGAAGUUGCCAACAUGAUCACCUUGAGGACACUCAUGGGAAACAGUGGAUUGAGAGAGAUUCCCAGAGCCACAAAGCGCUAGUGAGCAUUGUCCUCAACAAACGCUGGCAGAAGAAUGUCCAUAAGUUUCUGCGCUUCAGAUCAACAUCACAUCUGGAGUCAUUUCAGAACCAUAUCCUGAUGUAUGCCAGCAAGCGCCUGGCCUUCCCUCCUCAAGGGUAUCAGUCUAGAGUUUUGCUUGCUGCUCUGGACUACAAUUUCAACUGCAUGCGUCCAACUUACAGGACGGCUGAGGGCCAACAAGUUCUUCGGAAGAAGUACAAUAAAAAUGCCAGAAGAUACAGCCUAUAUGCCUUGAACUGUGGAAAAUCCUAUGACUACAUCCCUGAGUUGCAAGCCCGGAUUGUGAAAGGAAGAGUUGGAAGCGGAGUUGGGAUGCCGCGAAAGAGGACCCUAUGCCCGGAUGAUCCAAGGCAGCUUGGUGUUGUGCCCCCAAUACCUCCACCACCAAUGUCUGAGUUGAUACACACACAUGUCAGCAGAGGUCUAGGAUCAGCCUUUGAUGUUGCCACCAACAUACAGUCAGAUUAAGUUGUUUGGUAAACUACAGCAAGUGUUUGUAAAUACUGUAAAUAUGAUCAAUAAAUGAAUCUUUUGUUUUUCAAAAAGCA